AUGCAUACAGGGGAGAAGCCAUACAUGUGUGGGGAAUGUGGGUACAGGGCCGCGAAAAAGUUUUCCCUGUUACAACACACAAGAGCACACCACACAGGAGACAAACGUUUCAUGUGCGGGGAGUGUGGGUACAGGACAGUAUACAAGAACGCAAUGUUCAAACACAUGAGAACACAUACGGGUGAACGGCCCUACAAAUGUGACCAGUGUGACUAUACAGCGUCAUCAUACUCGACUAUGGACUCGCAUAAAAAAAGGCACACCGGUGAGAGACCUUACGUCUGUGAAUUGUGCGGCCACCGCUCAAAAGUAAAAGGGGACCUAAACCGACACAUGGUCCUACAUACUGGCGAAAAACAAUACAAAUGUAGCCUUUGCGACUUUUCGGCAAUUUGGAAAGCUUCGCUUGAUGCUCACCUAGUAAAACACACGGGGGAGAAACCGCACUUGUGCGAAACAUGCGGGUACCGGACGCACAGCAAGGCUUACUUAUUGGACCAUGUGAAACUCCAUACGGGUAUUAAACCGUACAAGUGUGACCAGUGUGACUAUUCCGCAACACUGAAGAAGUAUUUGGUUCAACAUCAAGGAAAGCACUCGAGUGAGAAGCCUCAUAUGUGUCAUAUGUGUGGGUACAGGACAGCUUAUAAGGGGAAUCUAGGACAGCAUAUGGCAAGGGUACAUUCUGAUGAAAAAACUGCACAAACUUGA